AUGGAGCAGAUUGAGACGCAGGCAUCGGACCUGCGCUACCUGACGGCGCCAGUCGCCGCUUUGAGCGACUCGGCCAGUGUCUCGUACGAGACGCCGCAGCCACGGACACACAUGAGCCCAGGUUCCGCCAUGUACGGAGACAAUUCCGCGCUGCACGACGACGCUUCGCCUGGCGAUGGCAGUGCGAACAAGAGGAAGUCGGUGGACGAGGCGGGAGGCGCGAAACAGACGCGGAGCAAGAGGAAUCGGUACAUUUCCAUUGCCUGUAACGAGUGCAAGAGGCGCAAGAUCAAGUGCAAUGGAGAAACGCCUUGUCAACGCUGCGGCAAUCUCAACCUGGCGUGCCUCUAUGCGCCCAACUGCUGUUCAAACAACUUCAAAGACUCGGAAGAAUACAAAAAGAUUGCGGCGCAGCUGAGCCGGCUCCAAGAAGAGGUCAGCUGGCUCAACCAGAGCAUGCGCAACAUGCAGAGCGAGUCGCGAUUCGCACACCCAUCUUCUGAUCGCAUCAUACCUGCUACUAACUCAAUCAUCGCACCAUCACCAUCACAGAGCUCGGCAUCUGGCCACCGACCGGAUUAUCCUGGAAGGCAGACGCCAUUCCAGGGCCCGACGAGCAUGGCCUUCACCCUCGAUGUAGCCAAAGAGACAAUCAGCAACAUGGGGUGGAAGACUACCGAAGAAGGAGAUGACAAUGAGCCACUACCAAACAACCACAUUUCCUCUUCAGUUUCAGGCCAACUGCCCCAGUUGCCAGACCCGCUCUUGGAGUUUGACAAAGAUGAGAUGGUGCGCCUCUGCCGAGUGCAUGAAGACGAGAUUGGCAUCAUGUAUCCUGUUCUCAAUAUCCAAACUGUGAUUGCGCAUGUCAAGAACAUCUCGCUUUAUAUCAAGAGCCAACGACCAACUGAACCUCUGAAUGACCUUCAAACUCUGCAAUUAAAAGCCAUCAUGUGUUGUGCUCUUGUUGUAGAAGCACACGGUCAUUGUGGGAAAGCGGUGCGGUUAUAUGAGAGCAUGGAAAAUACUAUUAACAGAAAACUCAUGUCGGACGGCCUUGAAGUCUCUGACCUUCCCCUCUUGGCUCUCGUUGCCGGUUAUCGAUUCUUAUCCAAUGAAGAAGUGCUUGCCUGGCGUGUCAUGGGACAGGUGGUGCGCUUGUGCGUAGAGCUGGGCAUUCACCAAAAGAGAGGGCUGAUGAUGAUACAAAAUGAGACUGAGAGGAAGAAUGCUCUCAACAGCUUUUGGUCUGCAUACGUUCUUGAUCGCCGAUGGGCGUUUGGAACGGGCCUGCCGUAUGCCAUCCAAGACGAUGAGAUUGACCCGACCUUACCCAUGCCUGAUGAAUAUCCCUACCUUGUUGCCAUGAUCACAUACUCUCGAAUAGGUGCCAAAGUCUGGCGUCAAGUAUCUCAUUUUGGCCCCGUUCUCGCCCGAGAACUGGGCCAGGAGGAAAUUGAACGACUUGACCAAGAGAUCCUGCGGUGGUACGAGAGUGUACCGGAAGAGAUCAGAGUGCGUAAUUGGGAUAAAGAAACCCAAAUGACAUCAACACCAUCAUAUAAUCUGCAACGGUUGAGGAUAUGGACGUAUCUACGUUUCAAUCAAAUAAGGACAUGGCUGUAUACUCCCGUCCUACAUAGUGCUACCAGCAUCAUGCAACAUCCAUUACAAGCGCAGCGUGUUGUUGACUUGGCAAAGGACACCAUCCAGUAUCUGCACCACCUCAACAGCACUACCAACCUCUACCGAAGAACGCAGGUCUUUUAUCACCAGUUUCUUGCAGCAGCAAUCUCCGUCGUCUUCCUCGCCUCAGUACACGCACCCGUACGAUUUAGUGCGGUUUGCAGAGAAGAGUUCUACAUGGCACUCGAUCUGGUCAAGGACCUGUCCGUGAAGAGCUGGGUGUCUCAGCGGCUGUGGCGAACCAUCAAGUCGCUCAAGGACGUGGCACCUCGCUUUGGUCUGAACCCAGAUGAAGACCCUCAUUCGAGCGCAGCACUAGGCAUGAUUGGCCUUGCAAGAGGCCACAUGGAUACCAUGCCCUCUGGCCAGCCCAUUUUUCAGCAUCCUCCAAUGCCUCCUAGGCAGAAUACGGAACCCAUAGUGAACAACAAUAACGGCCAAAAGAUACAGAGUGAGAUGUCACGCAUAUUUGAGGGCUACGUCGGCCUCAAUGGGGUUCAGUUUGGGAGCAACGGGGAAGAGCAGCAUAUCCCUCCUCACAGCGCUCUAUCUUCUCCCGAGUCACAGGCUGCCAUUUUUGCCUCGGCAGAUGGAACAGUGUUCCCUCACAUGCGUGAGAUGUUUUAA